AUGCCUCAAGCUCCUUCGGGAUUGCUUGAUUGGAAUACCUGGAAGACAUUGCCUCGUCGUGAUGACUUAUAUCAUUUCAAUUAUACGGUCGCCGAAUCAACCUCUCACAAGACACUCGAGGGUGUCAAUCACAGUUUCAGACCUUCCACAAACGGGCUUUACACCGUAGCCACAUCAUUCUCCGAUGAGGUCCACUCAAGAAUGUGCCAUGAAGGCUUCGCAUUGCAAUCAAAGGCUUCUCCCUGGACCGUCCCAUGUUCCAGACGGGCCGUCACCGCCUCAACACCUCAUAAUCGGGUCCAUUGCAAUCAGUCACGCGUGGCAAUCCAGCUCGUCACACAUUCUUGUCUUCUCGAUACUUCAAUAAUCUGGUUUCUGGGCGCUGAGAAUUCUCCAUUGACUGUUGCUGGACUUGGAUCAUUUUCAAAUUUUCUCAUCUCACAACGCACGCGGUCAAGCAUGCGCGCCUCACUCGGGCUUGCGGCUUUGGCGGGACUUGCCAUAGCACGACCAUCAACAGAUGCGCACAGCUUAGCAGCGCGCGCAGUCACGGUUGUUGAUGCAGAAACUGGCUUCACCUUCUCCGAGUCCAAAGCCGCUGCCUCACUCUCUUCAAACAUCGUGUAUCGUAUUGCCCAGCCCGCAAACGUCCCAGCCGGUCAGCCAUACGACAUUGUACUUCAAGUGAUUGCCCCAAAUUCGCUGGGCUGGGUUGGCCUCGCAUGGGGUGGUGGCAUGGUGAAGAACCCACUCACGGUCGCAUAUCCGAAUGGACAAAAACCCACCGUUUCAUCCCGAUGGGCCACCGGCCACUCCACACCCCAACAAUACCCCGGCGCAACCUACACUCCCCUCACGACUGGCAACAAAUCCAACUCCACGCACUGGCAAUUCACAGCAAAGUGCACAGGCUGCACAUCCUACACCGGCAGCUCCGGCGCCGUCCGUAUCGAUCCCAACAGCAGUAAGCGUUUGGGAUAUGCAUGCUCCCCUAAUAAAGUCGCAUCUCCUGGUUCUCCUUCUUCUACGAUCCCGGUGCACGAUGUUUACAACUACAUCACUCAUGACUUUUCCGCGGGCGCCAAUCCAAAUUUCGCGGCCUUGCUGGAUAGGAAUGGGGUUUCGGGUGCGGAGAUGCGGGGAAUGUGA